AUGGUGAAGGCAUCUGAGUUCUCUGAAGGCCAAGACGAAGAGAAAGAUGAUGCUAGAACUGGAGAGUCUGAUCCAGGCUUCAAAAUCGCAUCGAUGAUUUACCAGAGAAACCCUGCUGAUUUUAACAUGCCGGAAGUAGGAAACGGGUACAUGAUUAGAGGUGAAGACCUAAAAUUUGGGAAGCGGAUUCCUUUUUCAAGGAGGCAUGUCGUAGUUAAAGUGGAUCAGCACAAGUGGCAGAGAAAUAUGAAAGCCCUCUACCAAAAAGGAAACGUAUACCGCGUUGAAUUUGAGGAGGGAAAUUUUUUCCAAGAAAAUGCACGUGAAGUGGAUGAAGAGUCAAAUGAAAUGAUUCUUAGAACAAGAAAUGUUGAGACACAAGGAGAAAUAGUGCUCAACUUGCGUGCAAAAUUUUUCCAAGAAAAGACAAGUGAAGUAGAUAAAUGA